GCCGGCUCUCGCGCCUCGCCUUUUGAGGAGGGAGCGAGCGAGAGAGACGGAAAGAGAUACGGUGCAGGGCGCUGCGACCUGCGACUGCGAGGAGAAAGGGCGGCGCCAGCUUGGACUUGCCGGUGCCGUCGCGCGCGAGAGAGAGAAGGAAGCGACAACCUGCUUGCCGGUGCGGCAGCUCUGGGCAGGGCUUACACAUAUAAUAACAAGGGUGGUCGAUCAGAGAGCGAGGGAGGAGCUGAGGACAGGAGGGAACAAAAGGGCAAGUUUGGUUCGCUCCUUGCUAGGGCCCGGUGAGCUGAGCUCCAUAUCAUCCAGAUCCAGGUAGGUGAGGUCGUGAGGCGAUCCAAGAGAUGGGCGGCGGCGGCAGGAAUGGCACUGUGGUGAGGCGGUACAUCCGGUCCAAGGAGCCCAGGAUAAAGUGGAGCGCCGACCUCCACCGCAGCUUCGUACAGGCCAUAGACUGCCUCGGCGGCCAACACACCUGGCUAGCUAACUGCCGUUCGUCUUGGCGGUGCAAAAUCGCAGAGGCCACGCCGAAGCUCAUCCUCCAGUUCAUGGCCACCAGGGGGCUCACCAUAUCUCAUGUCAAGAGCCAUCUCCAGAUGUACAGAGCUGCGAGGCUUGGCGCAGGAAGGAGAGGGAUGCAAGCCCAGCUGCUGCAAAGGAGGCACUCAUGCACUGGUGAUGAGCAAGAGGAGUUCCUGCGCCCACCACCACCUCUGAAAAGGGCCCGGAUGGGGUACGAGAGCAUGCAGGGACUGGGAAGCCAUGGAGUCAGUGAUGCGCGGACCGCAGCCGCUGCCGGGGGCCUGUACUGCAUCGAUGAUUACAUGCAAGCCAUGGCGGCCAUGGGCUGGAGAAUAAAGGAGGAGGGACUCACCAGAUGGCAGUGGCAGAGGAGGGAUGCUGCUGCGCCUUCCGACCUCCAAGCCAUGGGAUGUUUGGUGCAAGAACCUGACCCCUUUAAGAUGCGCCGACCAGAAGCACGCCGUCUUGGUUCAGCGCUGAGGAAUCAGCAGGACGACUCCAGCGAAGAGGACGGAAACGGAUGCCCCCUCCUCUCCAGCAGCAGCUUCAGCAAUGCAGCGAACGACGACGAGCCGUCUGAUGAGCAGUGCUCCCUCUCGCUGUCCCUUGGCCUGGACACAAAAGGCGCCCGUGCCAUGGCAACCUCCUCGCCGAGCGGCGAGAGCAGCUGCAUCCUCACGGCGGCCUCGCCUGCGAGGAGGAGCUCUAGCGACUGCUGCUGCUCCGGCCAUUCAGGCUGCUUCGUCGGCCCGGGCGUUAGCCUGGAACUCUCCCUGUCCAUCUCUGGAUCCUACCUAGAUCACUCCGAUUCUGUACAUCGACCCGGUCCGGCCGGCUGCUCGCGUUGGUGAUCGCCGCGCUUGUUUUGGAUGUUCCUGGCGUCAUGGCCGUGUUAGAAAGUUACAAGUAGCCAAUUCCAAGUUGGUAGUAGGAUAAUGACCGUAGAACAUGUUACUUCUAGCUAAGCUGCUACGGUACUAGUCAGAAAACGUGUACAAUGCGCACUGUUAUAUCUAUCACAUUUAAUUUAGAUAGC